UUUAUUUGUUGUUUGUUUGUGCCAUCUGCUGUUUUAUACGAAGCAUAACAUUUUUUCCUGGGCUUUCUUGUCUUGCGCACGCUCCUUGUGAGCCGGAAGCCUGCGAAAUUCAUUCAUUCAUUCAUUCAUAAGACUACUCUUUUGAGCUAUGAUAACUUAAGGGCCCAAACAUUUAAUUUCGACCCAUUCUACAUUCGUAUUAUUGAAAACCUUAUUUUUGAACUCUGGUUUUUGUAUACUUUACCUAGACUUUCGUUUUGUGUUUUAAUUUGUUUUAAACCAUUAAUGAAUACUAACCAAUCAUAUUCGUUAAUAGCUGUUGCUUGCAUGCAUGUACUUAUUUAUAUAGUAUGCCUUUAAUGUCCCUGUUGAAAAAAACAGCACAUGCAGCGGAAGAUAUGGUAACCAGGGUAAUUUUGGGGGACCUUUAUUUUGAAAAAUAUGAUCGUCAGCUGUACUAAGUACAACUUUUAAAUGGCAUUAGCAGUCCCAGUAGAGUUAAACGUACCAUAAAAACUAGCUCGAAUUAUUGACAUAUCAAAACCUCAAAUAGCUUCGAAUAAAAAAUUCAGAUGAAAUUCUGGACUGGCAAGAUUUUCAAAGAUCAACCGACAAAGCGUAUAUCUAAAUUAAUGAGCAAGUAAUUCGAGAAAAUAUGAAUGGCAAGAUCAGCAACUUUAUGGAGGAAAGAAAAGCAACGGUGGAAGAAGCACCCUACAUGGAAAUGAAGACACGUGUUAGUGACAAAAACCAAGAGAAGGAUGACGUCAAACCUGCUUACAAAACACACCCUUCACAAGCCAAACAAACCAAAGAGGAGAGUUCUGGUCUCAGUUUACCUUUGGGAGAAGAGUAUGAAAGAAAGAAGCAGAAGCUAAAAGAAGAGUUGCGUCUCGAUUACCGACGUUUUAUGUCUGAGAAAAAGAAUCGGAGUAUUGCUGAUCCACUUCCACAGUCGCACAUGCUGUCUCUUCCCAUAAGAGAACACAAGUCUGCGAAGGAAAAGUUACAAAAUGAAAGAAAAAAAGAAUACAAUCUGUUUCUUAGAGGGCAUGGAACACCGAGAAUAGGGAAACAUUCGACUACUCCACAUGCCCUAGAGAGAGAUCGUUAUGGCUCUGCUACUCCAAAACAUACAUUUUCUCCAGAGGUACAAGCACAGAGGGGAAGCCUGAGCCCAGAAUACGUUCCAUCUUUAAGAAGGGAUGUUGCCACUAUAACCCAGCCUGUUUCCGAAGUGCAUGCAAGAUCAAGACCACGGAGACACUGGUCGGAAAUGACAGAUAGCUUGGGACGUCCAAAAGAGCAUUACAGGGAUCACACCAGUUCUGAGGAGGAGCAGGUGGAGCUAGAGCUUGUGGAGAAGGAGAGGAUGAGAAACAUAAAUGAAGAGACAGAUGUAGCCAGGAGAGAUGGAAAACCUGACAACAGAUUACACAGUCUAAAGGCACAGACUCCAGCACAGAGCAGAUCUGUAAAUGAGCAGAACAUGAGCACGUUUGCUACAGGACUCAACAUUGGUGCUGCCGAAGGGGGAGAGGCCUCUCGGAGGAGGAAGGAACGGUAUAGACAGGACCUUCUGCAGCAAAUAGCUGAACAACAAAACAACAAAAGGAGAGAGAAGGAGCUAGAGUACAGAGCGGCUGUUAUUGAUCCAGAAAAAAAUCCAGACCGAAUCAAACAGUUUGGUGCCGUGACCCGGGCAUACGGGGGUAAAAGAAGGGAUGUACACUACCGGCCAGAGGCGGGUCUGGAGGUCCUCGGGGCUGACUCUGCCAGGCGGCCCAAAGAUCAGAGACCUCCACAAGCACCAGAAGAGAGAAUACCCCCCGAGAGGCCUCGUGUUGCCUUUCAGUCUCCACUUUUGGACAACAGGACUGUUUUGAGCCGACUGGCUAAUGCCUCCGGCAUGGAGGUUGGUGCAGGUCUGGUUAAUGGUAUGCCCAUUAAUGAAGACUAUCACAGAGCUAUCGCAAGCACUAUGGGGGACGUCGUUGCACCAAGAGUUACAGGUGUGCGCCCUCCUGUGGUUCCCUCCAUCUCAGAAACGUAUCAAACUCCUUAUGAUAAUGUUUAUUAUCACUAUGGAGCUAGAAAUCAUGUAGACCCUCAUUUGGCUAACUAUGGAGCAGCACUAGGUCACCAACCAAACAUCUCUCCAGAAGCACAAUGGCCCAUCCUGCAGCCUCCGUCUCUCACACAGCAGAGCGUCCAGGCUCAUGUCACUCCUUCAGGACCAGCCUUUCCUGAGAGGUACCAGCAACAAAAGGAAAGAGCUCUUAACUACCAAGAAGCCCUUAAGCAGCAGCAGGAAUUUCGACAGGAGUAUGACAGGCAGAGAUCAGAGUGGAAUACACUGUUUCCAAAGAUUCAAGAAGGGCAAGCAAGACGACAUCGUGAGAAGCUGGAGAAAGAGCUGUACGAAGCUAAGAUUGAAGCAGAGAUGAAGGCCUUCCAGCCCUGGGGAAGAGCUGGAGGAGGAGCUCCUCUGAGAGACGAUCAAGGAAACCUCAUCAGUGAUUUGAAACAAAUGCAUAAGACAAACGUAGAAGCGUAUGAUUCUGGAGGCAGAGUGACAAGCCAUAAUAAAGCGGCUCCUGGAACAGGGGACCAACCAACAAAGCCUACAGGCUUCUCUUCAGUUCAGCCACCACUACACGCCCGGGGAAACCUUUUCAAUGAACCGCCAACUCCCCGGCAGAUACACGAUCAGGAAAUUUACAAAGAGUAUUUAAAACAACAGAUCGGGGAAAAAAGAAAAAAAGAGGCAGAAGAGAGGGAGCGCGAAAGGCUUGAGGAAGAGAAGGAAGAGAGACGAUUGGCCGAACAACGAGCUCGGAUCCAGAGGGAGUAUGAGGAAGAGCAGGAGAGGAAACGCCAGAAGGAGAAAGAGCAAAAUGCCAAAAACAAGGAGUUGAUCAGACUGGCCGGAGAUCGCCGGGAAGAAGCAGAAAGAAAGCGAAAAGAAGAAGAAGAGAGAGAAAAUGAAUCGUUGAGGAAGAGACAAGAGCAAGAACAGCGGACGGUAGUAGAAGAGGUUCACAGGGCACCAUCACCACCCCUGCCAACCUUGCAGAAGAAACUUCGCCAGCAGGUGCCAAGACCUCCAUCGGUGGAGAGCCACCGGUCUGCUGAAAGUGUUUCUUCACGGUCCAUGUCAGCACCACAUUCUCCUCCAGUGCCCGCUCGCAGGAACGAGAUCAGGGCCACAGAAGAAAAGAGGACUGUGAUCAGGGAGCUGUCAGCCUUGCAUAGGCAGCUGCGGAAUGAACAAAGACGGCUGGAGGGUCAGCUAAUGCCAACCACUAGAAAUGACAACCCAUCUGCGGUUUCCAGCAGGCAAAGAGAGCGCCCUACUGAGGAUGUGUUUGAGAUGGCAAGAUUACACAAACAGUUGCCUAUCAGAAGACCAGCUUCACACACCACCGCAGCGGUCAACAUGCAGAACCUACAUGAGUUUAACCGGCUGAAGUAUAGAGACACUACAUCACGGGAGGAGGUACGGCAGGUUUAUCCUGAACCACCCACUGACGAUCGCAGUCUAGACAUCCAGCAGCAGGCUUUGCUACGACAGCAACAACGCACAAUCUACAACCUGAGGAGAGCAAGACCUGCUGGUUACUUUGACGCGGUGACUUCAGGUCAACAGCAUCCUGAACCGACGAGAAGCUCGGCAGAGGGUACAGGCAGAAACUUGCUAUUAAAUUCAGAGAGCGCUUUUAUCGACCCUAGCAGCGAGUCUUUGUUGUUACAGUCCCGCGCGGAUCAGAGAGCUAGAAGAGAUUCUGCUCGUAUGAGACCAGCAGUCGGGAAGACACACAUCAAUGAUGACAUGAGCCGGUACAUUCGACCUGACAGUAGACCCGACAGCCAGUCUGCGCACUCGCUCUCCAGCACGGAAAUAGAGAGGAUGAGGGAACGCGUGAAGAACAAGAUGACAUCGCUGGAUAACAUGAGAGACCAUGACUGGAGAUCAGGGGAUGUAUUAGCCGACGAAGGGGAGGAGCUAUGGUCACAGACUCCUCCUCCUCUUGACAACAGGCGUGUUUCCAUAGAAACCAUUGGCACGGAGUCCUGGUUACGCCCCAGCUCAUCAGAUACACUGAAGAGAUUCAUUGGAGGUCGCAGGCCAUCCAGCCGAACCCAUGCAAGUCAGGAUUGGGAAGGACCGUCCACCUACCAUGGUUAAUCUCAAUGUGAAGACACUAGAAUUGAAAAUUCUUAAGGACAGUCAAAGUUUACAUGGUUGUUGUCACAUAAUUUAUUACUAAAGGCCAAAGAUGAACAUUUAUAAUGUUCCAUCGUUCUUUUUAGGGGGUUCUGGCAUUGUGAAUGAGAUUGCACUUUUUAGGCAGUAAAUCUAGUCUAUUGUUUUCUAAGUGUUUGAGCAUGUGCCCUGAAGUCAGAGAAUGGAGUAUGAGGCAAAAUACUUGAAGCUUUAUAAUGCGAUCGAGUGUGAAGAUGCAGAAACCGCAUGGGUUCAGUGAUGUGAAUUGUAUCUUAAUAAAAAAUAUUUGAGUAAUUUUCAAGAACUUUGUUCC